CCAACUCUAUAAAUGAAGAGAUAAUCCUACAGUUACACCUCAAACCAACUCCAUCUCACUUCUCAAGUCUUAUAAUUUAUUCAUUUCUCUCUUCUUCAUCGAUCUUCGGCUUUUAGAAAACCUAAUCAGAAAUGGCAACGGCGUCGUUUAACAUGCAGUCAGUGUUCGCUGCUCCUUCCGGUGUAUUGACUACACGCAACAUCAGAAACACAAACCAACUCUUCUUCAAGAGGAUUGCUCCGGUAGGAGUCAGAUGCAUGGCUCAGGGCGAUCCUAUCAAGGAAGAUCCUUCUGUGCCCUCGACCUCGACUUCGGCCACUCCACCACAAAUGCCACAGUCUCCUCCUCCACCAGUUAGCAAGCCUAAGGUGAGUACGAAGUUUGGAGAUUUGCUAGCGUUUAGCGGUCCAGCACCCGAGAGGAUCAACGGGAGACUAGCAAUGGUUGGAUUCGUGGCGGCCAUCGCCAUGGAGUUAUCAAAGGGAGAAAACGUGUUUGCUCAGAUCUCUGACGGUGGUGUCGGGUGGUUUCUAGGAACAACAGCGUUGUUGACGUUGGCAUCGAUGGUUCCGUUGUUCAAGGGAAUAAGGGCAGAGGCAAAGUCAAAAGGGUUCAUGACUUCAGACGCCGAGCUAUGGAACGGUCGGUUUGCGAUGCUCGGUCUCGUUGCGUUGGCCUUCACCGAGUACGUCACUGGUGGGACUCUAGUCUAAAGCUAAAGCUUUUUGUUUGCUAGUUUAAGGACAAAUUUGGAGAAUGAUUAUGUAACGCAUAGAUUGAUUUAAUACUAUGAGUUUUAAACAGUGUGUCAACAUGAAUCAAAAUUUAAAACCAUGAAAAAAACAUUAUAAAAAUUUAUUUGAAAAAGUACUUCAAAAGUUUUCUUAUAAGAUAAUGUGAAUGGAGAAG